AAGACGUCAUUAGAACGCGACUCUUACGGAAACUUUCCUAUUCUGCUUUCGCGGAGGCUCCGUCUCAUGGCUCUCGCCGCGUGCGGGGCCUCUCAGGGCGCCCCGACCCGCUUUUCCCCGUGGCUGCGUCUGGUUUUCCACCGCUGGUUCCUCCGCCCGAGCUCCAGCGGGCCGCCGCCCCCACCAGAGUCGGAGAAGGAGAAGGUGGUGCGGAUCCCGCGCGCUUGGCAACUCCGGCUGGAGCGGGGCUCAUUCAGGCCCAGACGAAGAGGCGCCCCCGCGGCUGACCUUCCCCGGACCGGGAAGCUUUUGCUGCGGAGCCGGCGGCCGGAACUCAGUCAAGCCGCUCGCCACACGGUGGGGCGCUGGGAACAGCCGCCCUUGGUCUCGGCUGGCUGGAAGCAUCGCUUAUCUCGGGGGGACUAUUUCCAGCUGCAGCGAAUGCGACAGGAGCCGCCUCAAGAGCGAGACCCUGAUGCUGCUCCCUCCUCUUUCCAAGCUCUGGGAGUGCAGCCACAGCUGGCCUCCAUCUUAGAGGAUGUUCUGAGCAUCUCUGAGCCCACUGCUGUGCAGAUACGUGCCAUCCCUCCCCUGCUGAUGGGGUGCAAUGCACUGUGUGCUGCAGAGACUGGCAGCGGGAAGACCCUGGCCUACCUACUGCCCCUUAUUCAGCGGCUCUUGCAAUCCCCAGCCCUCACAUACGGGGCCGCUGCUAUCCCUGCCCCCCGCUCUUUGGUGGUGUUGCCAUCCCGGGAGCUUGCAGGACAGGUGCGACGCAUUGCCUCUUACCUGUGCACUCCACUGGACUUGCAGGUGAGGGAAAUUGGUGGUGGCCGGGGCAAACACUCUGUCCAGCAGAAGCUCCGGGCUGUUCCUGCCGAUAUCUUGGUGGCCACACCAGGUGUACUGUAUAAGGCUUUGCGGAGAAAAGGAUUGUCCCUGGAAAAGCUGUGCUGCCUGGUGUUGGAUGAAGUGGACACCUUGUUGGAUCCCACAUUUGUAGACCUUGUGGAAGAUGUGCUUCGGCAUGCCUUCUUUGCCACUAGCCCUAAGGAAGUUGGUGAUGUUUGGAAUCCUAAAGCCCAGUUAGUGGCUGUAGGAGCCACCCUUCCAAAGGGGUUGGGUGACCUGCUGAGUAAAGUCACUGAUCUGAGCAGCUUCAGUGUCCUAACCAGCUUUAGUCUGCAUCGUCUUCAACCUCAUGUUGAGCAAAAGUUCAUGCGUCUGAAAGGCUCUGACAAGGUGGUGGAGCUGUUGCAGCUUAUGAAAGACCGUAGGCCCUCAUCUGGAGCUGUUUUGAUUUUCUGCAACAAGGCCAGCACUGUUAACUGGCUUGGUUACAUUUUGGAUGAUCAUAAAAUUAAACACCUACGCCUGCAAGGACAGAUGGCAGCACCUGCAAGAGCUGGCAUCUUUGACACCUUCCAGAAAGGCCAAUUCGACAUCUUAGUAUGCACUGAUAUUGCUUCCCGGGGUCUGGACACCACCCACGUGGAGCUAGUUGUGAACUAUGACUUCCCACCAACACUGCACGAUUACCUGCAUCGUGUUGGGCGUAUUGGUCGCACAGGAAGUAAGUUUCCUGGGACUGCAAUUAGCUUUGUAACCCACAAGUGGGAUGUGGACCUUGUCCGGAAAAUAGAAACUGCAGCUCGUAAAAGGACUCCAUUGCCAGGGAUGGAGCCUGUUGUUAAAGAAGCUUUGUCUAAAAAAAGAGAGACCUGAGUCUCACUAAAGGAUUCUAGUUUAAAGCGAUGUUUGAAUAGGUUCUUGACUGUGUAAGUACAAUCAAACAUUCUGUGUGCUUAGGUUGAGAACCUGUGCAAAAGAGCAGCCCAACCAAAUAAUCGUGUACUCAUUAAAGGCAUAAGCAUAAAU